GAAACAAUCCAAGAAAUGUGGAAGUCUCUCAUUUUUUCAAUAGCCGUUAUGGCAGUUUGCGGUACUAAUGUAAUCGCUCAACCUUCUGGGGAUGAAAAUUGUGAAACAUUGCAGACGGAAAUACAUGUUACUAAAGAGGAGUACGAUGACCAAGGGAGUUUGAGAAGAACUUGCGGUGGGGAUAUCACAGUCACAAAAUGUGAGGGAUUUUGCAAUUCGCAGGUACAACCAAGUGUCGUUACAACAACAGGAUUUUUGAAGGAAUGUUUUUGCUGUCGCGAAAGUUAUCUGAAGGAGAGAGAAGUUUUUCUGGACCACUGCUACGAUGCAGAUGGUGUUAGAUUGGUCAGUGAUGAGACUGCAUCUAUGGAAAUAAAGUUACGAGAGCCAGCCGAAUGCAAAUGCUACAAAUGUGGAGUCGAUGAAUGUCAAGUGACUCCUGUAAUACACGUUCUGCGCUAUCCUGGCUGUGUUCCAAAACCAAUUCCAAGUUUUGCAUGUACCGGGCGUUGCAGUAGCUAUUUGCAAGUUUCGGGUUCAAAAAUUUGGCAAAUGGAGAGAAGUUGCAUGUGCUGUCAGGAGAGCGGCGAGAGAGAAGCUAGUGUGUCGCUGUUUUGUCCGAAAGCAAAACCAGGCGAAAGAAAAUUCAGAAAGGUAAUUACCAAGGCACCUCUGGAAUGCAUGUGCCGACCUUGUACCGGAGUUGAAGAAUCAGCGAUAGUCCCGCAGGAGAUAGCAGGUUUCGCGGAAGAGGGUCCUUUGACAACAUCGGCUCAUUUUAGACGAUCACCCGGUUUGCAAUGAAAUAUCUCAUAUUCCAGUACCUGGAUCCACGCAUAAUUCAUGGAAUUUAAUCUAUAAUUACUAACAUGUUGCUUCAACUAGCACAUUAUCUAUUUCUCGUGAUUAUUUACCAUUAAAUACAACCAGUUGUUUAGAAAUAAAUAUUGAUAACCAGAGAUCCUAA